ACUCAGUUGAAAACAAGACGCAGUGGAGGCAAUACGACUUGCGGUCGGAAUAAAAAAAUACAAAAUAGACCAAAUUUUAAUGGAAACAUCUAGAAAUAUUAUAGAUUUACCAGUGGAACUUAUAGAUCGAAUAUUCAAAAAUCUAGAAGAAAGUGAUCAAUGUCAUCUAGCCCAUAGUCAUCCUUUUCUUCGGAACUGUUUUAUUUAUCAUGUUGGAAAUCGAUACAGCAAUGUUAUUUCCUCUUUAUGUUUUAAAAAUUGGAAGACUAUUUUGCCAGUCUGUGGAUCAACAGUUCAUCAUAUUGUAGAAGAGUUUCACAUAUUAGAUGAGUCAUUGAUGAGAUUAAUUGAACAGCAUUGCAUUAAUUUGGAAAGUAUACAAAUCGGUAUUAAUCGCCGGAACUACCGUAGGGUUAAGACCUUUUUGGAUAAUCUGAAAUCAUUGAGUUCGGUAAGAUUGUGGGUAGAAUGUGCUGUCACGGAAAGAAUGUUUUCUGUUUUAAGGGAAAUAAAACAUCUAAAGGGUUUGGAAUUUCUUCGAUAUUCUAGAUCAUAUUCAAAGCAAAUUUCAAAUUUUGGCCAACUGGAACAUCUAGCCAUAACUAUUAACGAAUAUAGGUUAAAAGUGGAUGUAUUAGAAUGGUGUUAUGGAUUGCAGAAUCUACGUUCUCUUAAACUGGAUGGCAUGGAUUAUUGGCGUUCAAAUUAUGAAUGUACUGAGAUUAUUGCCUUGGAAGAGCUUGAAGUACGUGACUGUGAUGUCUCUUAUAAAUGGCCAAUUUUUCACAACCUAAAAACAUUAAACGCGCAUUCCGAUAAAUCUUUAGCAACUAUUCAAUUUGCUAUAAGGCAUUCAAAAUCGUUAGAAAAGCUAAUAUUAAGCUACGCAUAUGACUCUAAUUUGUUUGAUUUAUUAAAUGGCUGCAAGAAUCUACGUUACUUGGAAAUACAACAGCUCAGUAUGCAAAUCAAUAAGGAAGAAUUGAUACUUAUGAUUGAAAUAUUGAAGAAGAAUGGUGUCACCCAACAAAACCCAUUUACACUUAAGCUUGACCCAAUUAUGAAUCAUAUUGGAGCGUUGUUGCUGGAAAUUCCCGGUUCAGAGAUUGUACAUUUUCUAAGUAAUAAGAAAUUACUUGAUUCCGAAACUAAAUAAAUCUAAAACUAAAUAAUUUCGAUCAAA